AUGCCUCCUCUGCAGUACCAACUACACAUGACUCUUCAUUGUAUUCACAAAGAUAUUCUCUUUUUUUCUUUCAAAAUCAUCGGAUUUCUUCCCUAUUCGUAUUUCUCCUCAUUCACUUUUUCUCUUUUCUCUCCUUCCAACACAAACUCCCUUUUUCCGCCCUUCUUUCAUUCCGUAGUGCUUCCUUUCGGCCAUCUUGAUACUCGCAACAAAGGCCCUAACCCCUCUUCGUAUUUAUUUAUUAUAACUUCCUUUUUUCUUCUUAUGUCAAUUUCUCCUACAAACAUUUUCUCCGCUUCACCCUUCCUUUCAUAUUAUUCAUUAAUUUCUCUCUUCCCUUCGCUUUCUUCUCUUCCUUUCUUUUUUCUUUCUACAUUUUCCUAUUUCCAUAAAUAUUUUUAUUUUCUUAUACUUGUCUCCUGUCUCUUCCGUCUGUAUCUCUUGUAUUUUUAA